CAAUGGAAGGGAUAACCUGGAAUUAAUGGGAGAAGAAAACCCAAGCCACUUGCACAGAAUUGCAUGAGAGCCCUGGACACAAAUGAGAUGACACUGCUACAUGGCCUGCAGGGUUAUACAUGAGCCUGGUGCAAGUCUAUGUGCAGUGAGAAAGCCACAACCACAUCAACCACUGAGGCAUAUACUUGUUGUCACGGGUCACAUGAUGAAACAUCCACACAUCUCUCUCUCUCUCUAGCUCUACUUUCUUCUCUCUAUAAUACAUAUCCCCUUGCUGCACUGCUCCACUCCAGCAAGUAAUCUCUCCAAGCUGCCAUGGCUAAUCCAAGCAAAGAUCACAUCUUCCCCAACCAAAGAAGCCUAAUCUCUCAAUCCUCCUCUCCCCACAAUUCCCUUCCUAAAAAGGAGGAAAUCCCUCUUCUCAGCCUCCUCCCUUCAAUCCAUGAUCACAACAAGAUCCAUGGCUGUUAUAAGCAAGAGAAGGAAGAGGAGGUCAUGGAGGAUGUGGACAUAUCACUCCAAAUUGGCCUGCCUUCUCCUGAUCCUAACAGCUCGGUCAUCGAUUUCGCGAAGAGCAAUCCUCUCGGCGCGACCGCGACGACAUCACAAGAGCUUGAUGGUGAUGAUGAUGAUGAUCACAAGGUGGAGGUGGAGAGGGAGGAGGAAGAAGAAGCAGCUAGUGAUGACCUCUGCUUGGACUACUUCUCUAUGGGAAAGCUCACCAAGGGCAAGUAUUGGAUCCCUACCCCAACCCAGAUCCUCAUUGGUCCUACACACUUUGCCUGCCCUGUUUGCUGCAAGACCUUCAGCAGAUACAACAACCUGCAGAUGCAUAUGUGGGGGCAUGGGUCGCAGUACAGGAGGGGUCCGGAGUCGCUGCGGGGGACGCAGCCGGCGGCGAUGCUGCGGCUGCCGUGCUUCUGCUGCGCGGCGGGGUGCCGGAACAACGUGGACCACCCGCGGGCGCGCCCCCUCAAGGACUUCCGCACGCUGCAGACCCACUACAAGCGGAAGCACUGCGCCAAGCCCUUCGCCUGCCGCAAGUGCGGCAAGCCCCUCGCCGUCCGCGGCGACUGGCGCACCCACGAGAAGAACUGCGGCCGCCGCUGGCACUGCGCCUGCGGCUCCGACUUCAAGCACAAGCGCUCCCUCAAGGACCACAUCCGCGCCUUCGGCCGCGACCACCGAGAGCGCCCCCCGCCCCCGCCCCCGCACCCUCUCCUGCCGUUGCCGUAGCCGCUCCCGUUCGUUCCCCCUCCACCCGGUGAUAUCCGCAUCGUCAUAUUUUUACUUUUAAACGAACCGUACAGGAUUGUGCGAGUUGCCGUAGUCGUCGUUCCCGUCUGUCCGGUGAUCUACAUCGUCAUACUUUUUUAAAAAAAUGGACCGUACAAGAUUGUGCGAGUUGCCGUAGCCGUUCCCAUCCGCCGGUGUUCUUUGUCGUCACAUUUUUUAAAAAACAAAACAAAUCGUACAAGAUAGUGCGAGGUUUCAUUGAUUAGGCUAUGGAUAUGUGUAUGUAUGUUGCAAUGUAAACUUGAUUCGUUUAGUUUUUCUAGUUGAUAAUUUGUUGUAUGUUUGUACGUGUCUCUUUAUCUCAUGCUCUUGCAUGGUUAUGUAUAUUAAUUAGUACUAGCUUUGUAGCUUAAACAUUUAUUUGAUUAAUUUCUUCUUAAUGUGUUAUUAUCUAA